AUGGCUAGUCCACCCGCCAUGGCAGCAGCGAGUGCCGUCAUUCUCAAUGCGGACCAGAUCCACUCCGCCAAGUCGUACUCCAGCGACUCUAGCGGCUCGAGCUUUUCAAGCGACUCCGGCGAUUUGAGCGACGCGCGACCAGCUGCGACUAAUGCGGGUCAGGGUGACAUGCGACAGGAGUCAACGUUUACGGUUGAUAACGACUCCGCUGCCGCUGGUGCGUCGUGUGCGACGCCUGCGACGGUGUACGAGGCGCGGCGACUGGCGAAGGUCCGUGAGACGCCCUGA